AUGUCUGCCAUCUUUGCUUUCGCCAAAGCAACCGUCCCCACCGUUGCCACGGCCAUCGCUCCUUUUGCGGCCGUCUACUACUGGCCCAAGAAGUCGGAAGUCUUCUACUAUACACCCAAGAACUCGACGACUCCUCUCUUCAGUCUACCGCGACCUAAUAUCGCUGUUGGAGCCCCGAACUCUGUCCUCUAA